CGCUCGGGUACAAAAGGAAGGUUUUCCCUCUGCUCCCCAUCAGCUUCACACGGAGAUUGACACUCGCCACUUCGCUCCCCCCGAGCCAACCACCCAUUCUCAUGGUUAACGCCGUCAAGGUCUUCAAAAAGACUGCACCGAAUGGUAAAGUCACCGCGUACUUAAGUCGGCGGGACUUUGUCGACCACAUCAGCCACACCUCCCCCGUGGAUGGUGUGGUGGUGGUCGACAAUGACUACCUCCGCGGCAGGCGGGUGUACGCCCGCGUGGUGGUCACCUACCGCCACGGCCGGGAGGAGGAUGAGGUGAUGGGCCUGCACUUCACCAAGGAGUUCGAGCUUGUCAACAACCAAGUCGCUCCCAACGACAACCAGGAACUCAACGAUGUUCAGGAACGCCUCGUCAAGAAGCUGGGUGGCAACGCCUAUGCCUUCAGCGUGGCUUUGCCCCCAAGUGCUCCCUGCUCCGUCACCAUCGACAGCGGAGACGACAUGUCUGCCCAGCCCCUCGGUGUGACCUACGACCUCCGGCUGUACGUAUCCGACCGCAAAGAUGAAAACCCCCACCGACGCAACUCCGUCUGCUUCGCCGUCCGCAAGGUUCAGUUCGCUUCCGCCGGGGCCAGCAACCGCCAGCCCCAGACCUUGGUGAGCAAGAGCUUCACUCUCUCCCCCGGCAAACUGAACCUUGAGGUCAGCCUGCAGCGUGAUAUGUACUUCCACGGGCAGCAAGUGGAGGCCACCGUCAACAUCAAUAACGGCUCCAAGAAGACAGUCAAGACCAUGAAAGCUCAGAUUGUCCAGCACGUGGAGGUCACCAUGACCAACAACCACUUCAGCCGCGUGGUGUCCUCUCUCGAGUCUCGUGAAGGUUGCCCCAUCACCCCAGGAUCCAACCUCACCAAGACCUUCUCCCUCACCCCUCAAGCCUCUACCAACCAGAAGCGCUUCGGCAUCGCCCUCGACGGCAGGGUCAAGGACCAGGACGCCAAUUUGGCAUCCUCUACUGUGGCGGCGGCUGGCAAGAACGUUAAUGACGCCUUGGGCAUCAUCGUGUCCUACUCUCUCCGUGUGAAGCUGAACUGUGGCGCCAUUAGCGGUGAGCUUACCGCCGACCUUCCCUUCAAGCUGAUGCACCCUGACGCCACCGCCCAGAAGCCCGCCCUCCGCAAGCUGCAGUCCACUGACAUGGACAUCGAGGAGUUCUCUCGACUCCGCCGCGGCGAGUCCGUUGCUGACGAUUAAACUCUGUGAUCUUCCACAUAACAUGGACCGUUUCAUUUUGUUUUGACACUUUAUUUUCUUUUUCCCCAGCUAAAUGAUUGGCUAACUUUGUUUUUAUGUUAUUGAGUUACUGAUAACUUUCUUUUGUUAACUUACACCUUAGUCAUUAAAAAUACACCCUAA